GAUCACCGUCGUUUUGCAGCGCGCACCGGGAGGAAGAGCUGAUCGUCACUGGCGGCCCGGGUCUUCGAUCAGUUGUGAAAGAUCGCUCGAAGAAAUAUGUUGGAUUUGGUCUAGCUGCUGCUCGUUGUCAUUUUUUUUCCUUCUGCUGCAGAAAGAAAGUUUCGAAAAGUGCGGAUUGCUUUCUGGGAGUUUGAUCCUGACCGAGGAAUACGUAAAGUGCCUGUUCAGUGUCAAGGAAGAGAAUCGCGCCGGAGAAGCAACGAGGGAGGUUCCAGUUAUCAGGAAGAAAAAUUUAAAUCAACAGAAAACCGAAGAAUAGCGGCGAAACUCGAGAUGAAGUCGAUAAUUUUAUGUGUCUCGUUUAUGCUGGCGUGCGCUGCAGGCCAACGUAUCACCACAAUCCAGCUGGAUGGCGUCCAGUACUUCGUGAGCCGGAUGAAUCCCUACUCGCCGGAGUUGAACUACUUCCUCGCCUACCAGUACUGCCGCUCGCUCGGACUGCAGCUUGCCUCGUUCGAGACCAAGGAGAAGGUCGAAUCCAUGACACAGUACCUGACGAAUGCCGGCUACAGCAAGUACAACUUUUGGACGUCCGGCAACCGACUGGGCACGGGCAUGUUCCUCUGGAUGAGCACCGGUCUGCCAUUCAACGCCACCUUCGAUUACUUCGAAAAGACCUCGGACGCCACCACCGGGCUGGACCCCCUGGAUCACAACAGCAACACCUCGCCCCAGCGCACCGCCCGCGACAGCAGCAGCGGUAUCGAGCGGGGCUGCGUGCACCUGAAGGCUCCCUCCCUCCGGUGGGAACCCGAGGACUGCCUGGCGGUGAAAGACUUCAUCUGCGAGCAGACCAGAUGCUACUACUACAACUACGGUAGCAUUCCCGUCUCGUCGGCGCAGGGCCGUCCCAUCACCACCGCAUCAACCACUUCAUCAGGAUCACCCGUAAGCUUCACGACAGUCGAACGCAUUCCGACGACUCCAAUCCCUGUGACCUUCUCAUCUACAACCUUGGCACCUCGUCUCGAAGAAACUUCUCCUCUGGCAGCACUGCUAAACGUCAACCCAAUCCCAGCAUCGCCGGAAGCUGACAGCAGCUUGGAGUCUCACAGCGAAGAGGAAGCCUUGUUGGACGAAGAAGAAGAGGAACACGAUGACGAAGAGCACGAAAUCGAGGACGAAGAUGAAUCCGAAGGCCGUUCCCAACAGGGUGACGACUCCGAAAGCCAAGACGAUCACCAGCAACUUCACGAAGAGGAGGAACCCGUCCACGAAGAGCAUGACAUCCCCGUCGAACAGAAACUCAAGCAGAUUACUCGCGAAAUCGAGGAGAUGACUCACUCCGAUCGGGACGUGGACAACGGACGCCAGAGCUUCCUGUCAUUGUCCGAUCUGAUCAAGAACAUCCGUCCGGCCGAGAAAGUCAUCCCACAGAUCGAUUCGUCCUAUUCGAACACGAUGCGCGUGCUCGGAGAAGCCAUCACUCACGGAGAGAGCCGAGCCGUCAAAGUCUGAGCAAAUCACUCAUACAUACUACAUCGUCACCCCACCACCCAUGCACUCACACGCAUACACUAACAUUCAUUGAUUCACCAAAUCAUUGAUAACACAAAACAUGAUCAUCAUUCAUCACAAGCACCACCCAUCACACCCAUCCAUGCACUCUGUCUCUCAUCAAAUCACCGAUCGUCAUCAAUCAUCAUCAGUUCGAUCGUAUCGUGGUGUUUUCCGCGGGACAACACCAGGGACUUUGCUUCGUCGACCAAAAACUGGAGGAUGAGAGCUGGACCUGACACUGGUCGGUUCUCCUCUCAUUAGCAUUUGCUUCGCAUCCAACAGUCGACGAAGGUAAAAGUAGCCUCGUGAACUUCCCGAAAACACCCGAUCGAAUCGAGUGCAUCGCAUCCUCUCAUCAUCUCAUCGCACGCACCGGCACGCUCAUUUGAAUCACCCAUUUGCCCACAUUCAUUGAAGCAUCGUCACUCAUGUCAUCGCGCACAUCAUCACAUCAUCUCACAUAUGAGAAAGAGAGAGGAACAAAUCUGAAACUUUGAUUCACUGAGCGCAUUUCAACAUGAACAACAGCAGCAAGAUAAUUAGUUUUACCACGUUCAAUUCAUCUCCAUUUUAUUUUUCCGAGGAAGAAAGUGAUAAGAUUUCUUUCCGCAAAAAAGGGAACUCAAGUUUACUAAGUAAAUACGAUAAACAGUAAGAAUAGAACUAUCCUGAAAAAUGAUGAUAAAAAGCAAAUCAAUCCCAAGAGAAUGAUUAGACUGUACUGAAGUUUAGUUUGUAGGUGAAAGAAUAAAAUAAAUAAAAUAAAACAAAAAAAAAAAACCUAUCGAGGAAAUCAGAGUUCGAUCAAGAGUUUGAUACAACCCUGGACAGUGAUACGGACGAAUGUGCCGUUUAAUGAAAAGUGAAAUAAAAUAA